GAGUAAAGCGCCUCGCGUGUGUGUGAACUUCAAGAAAAUAAAAUAUAUAAAAAAAAGUUAAUAAAUCAAAUUUAUUUUGUGAAGUUGCGAGUAUAAAGUUGGCCUGACGAUCUAAUCAUUCGAAAGAUACAGAAGUGAAAUAAAAAAAGGAACUCAUUAAAGCAACUAGAAAGAUGAAGGCUAUCUUACUACAGUGUACAUUCCUAACGACACUCUGUCUAGCAUCGCAAUGUAUUGCAUCAAAUCCUAUGGACAAUUCAAAAUAUAUACCCGAAAAAUAUUUUAAUCUGAAACGAACAAAGCCAUCGCUUUCUAUAGCAAAUCCUCUGGAUGUUCUACGUCAACGAGUUAUAUUAGAAAUGGCUCGAAGGCAGAGAGAAAAAGCUAUACACCAGGCCGACAUCAAUAGAGAAAUUCUAAAGACCAUCGGAAAGCGUGGAAAUUCACUUGAUUAUAAUGAUAUUGAAGAAUACUUGAGAAGUCGAUAUUAUGACGUUGCACGAGGAUAUGCGCCUGUCUAUCAGCCUAAUCAUGGAAGUAUAAUGUUAAAUAAGGUGGAACCACAGCAGCAGCAACAAGAGAUUCAUCCAAAUUUAAUUGCUCAAAAUGAAAAGGCAAAUGGAAAAGUUGAAAACGAAAAUAAAUUAACAUCGAAUGGAAACGCAAUAACAAAUGAGGCGAGUCAGGAUCCAAUUUAUAUUUUUGAUGACGCAGGCAACAGCAACAAUCUUGAAGAUGAUGACGAAACGCAAGUAAAAUAUUUAUACAGUCUACUCAAAAACAGAAUCCCCAAUAGCAUCUAAGGAAAGGUCUUUGAUGAAAACGUAGAUCACCCUCUCAUAGAACAAAAAAGAAGAAAGUCAUAAUGCUAGCAAAAGAUCCCCUCAAAAUGCCCUGUAGAAAACUUUUAAAAAAUCUUUCCAUGUAGAAAUAUAAAGAAAAAAAAAAUCAAUUACAAUGAGAAUCAGUAUUAUCUUAUUGACAAGAAAUCUUGAAUAUGAUUAAUUGGGGUACGCAAUGUUGGCACGACUACCUUUUAUGGAUUUUAUCAGGUGACACAUUUAGUUGUGCAGUACAGAUGCAUCUUUUUAUAUAAAAAUUUAUUGAAGUUGGAAUUGCUUAUUUUGGAUUAUUUAAAGGAUUUUGUUGGUUUUGUCGAUUGAUAAUUAUAAUAUCAAUUAUAGUUAUAAUAGUCACAAUUUAUUCAAAAUGUAAAUUUUUUUGGAGAAUCCAGUCCUCUAAAUUUCAAACAAAGAAAUAUUAAAUUUAAUUUUUGAACGGAACCAAAGCAUUGCGUACCUCAGAAAAAGACAAAAGUCAAAAAAAAUUAUGAAAUUAAUCACACAAGAAAUUUAAUAAAUUUAUUUAAUUGACAAAAAAAAAUUAAAUCAAUGUUUGUUGUAGAAUUUCUAUUGCUUUGUUACUUAAUCUAUAAACUCGAUAGUUUUGCUUUACAAUCACAAUCCUCAAACAACAAGAAAUGGAAAUAAAAGAAUAAUGAUCAAGUAAAUAUUUUUGUACUGAAAACCUAUUAGCUGGCUUUAAUUGAUGUUAAAUAUUAGAAUAUGUUGCAAAAUGUCAAAUAAUUGACAAAAAAAAAUAUUUUUUUGCUUUCAAAACUUCACUGAUUUUUUGACGAGAAACUUUACUUCUUCCCUGACUUCUUCAAUUUUUGUUGUUUAUUUUCCUUUACCAUGCAAACAUCCUUUUUACUUCCUUUUCAUCGCGCAUAUAUGGAAAUAAGAAUCCUCAAUUUGUAACAUCGAUUGUCGUUUAUGACUUGUGCUUUAUGUACACAUUUUUCCCUGUCUUUAGCUUUUACAAGCAAAGGAUUUAAUGCUAAUGGAAAUAAAAUGAAAACUUCUAUAACUCAUUUACUUCUUACGCAGGGUAUGCGAAAAAGGUAUUUGAGAAAAUUUGAUUGAAAUUGUUUUGGAUUUUUUUGGAUGGAAUUUAUAAGAAAAUCUUUUCAAAGAGA